CCUCCGCGGCGCUGGGUAGCAACGAUGGACGCGGAGGUGCAGCAGGCCCUGCUCAAUUAUUACUGCCAAGAAGGCUACUUCCAGCACGUCCGAGAUGCGGCGGAUGAGGCCCUGGGGCGGCUGGGCAGCGAUCCGGUGCUCCUUUUCUAUCGGGCCUACGGCGCCCUGAGGGCAGGUGACAUCCAAGAAGGUAUUCGACAGUUGGAGUCCAUUAAAAACAAACAGGAGGUAUCACUUUGUGCAAUGAUGGCUCUGAUUUAUGCCCAUAAAAAGAGCCCAAAUCCAGAUCGAGAAGCUAUUCUGGAGUUGGAUGCAAAACUGAAAGAGCAACGUAGAACAGCAGGCCAGCAGGCUCUCUACUUUGCUGGCUUGUUUUUGUGGCAUCUGGGGCGGGAGGACAAAGCCCGUGAAUAUGUUGAUAGAAUGAUCAAAGUUUCUGGUGGGUGUAAAGAGGGGUUAAUUUUGAAAGCAUGGCUUGAUGUCACCUGUGGGAAAGAAAGUCACAUUAAAAAAGCUGUGAGAUAUUUUGAUGAAGCACUGCAGGAAGGCAAUGAUGUUUUUGCUCUGCUUGGUAAGGUACAGUAUUUUGAGGUCCGACAGAAUUAUUCAGGAGCCCUGGAAACUGCAAACCAGAUCAUUGCAAACUUUCCAAACUUCAUUCCUGCUUUGAUAAAGAAAAUGAAACUGCAGCUAGCUCUGCAGGACUGGGAGCAGGCAGUUGAAACAGCACAUAGACUAUUGCAGAAAGAUACCUUCAAUUUAGAAGCCAUAAGAAUGGAGGCCUUGCAUUACCUGUGCAGAGAAGGAAAUAUAUCUGAGGCUUCUGCAAGACUGGGAGACCUAAUUAAAGCAUUGGACAGGUUAGAACCACGUAAUUCACAGCUCUUCUGUAAAAUGGCUUUAGCUUUCAGUAGAACAUGUGGCCGUAACCAGCUCAUCCUUCGACAUACCCAAACCUUAGUUGAAAGAGCAGCUGACUUGGCACCAGACAACUCAGAAAUUGCUACUGAACUUGGCUACCAAAUGAUUUUACAAGGGAAAGUGAAGGAAGCUUUAAUGUGCUACAAGAAUGCUAUGACACUUGAUGAAACCAGUAUUUCUGCUCUAACUGGAAUUAUCCGCUGUCAGCUACUACAAGGGCAGUUGGAAGAUGCAGAGCAGCAGUUGGAGUUUCUUAAUCAAAUUCAAGAGGCCAUUGAAAAAUCUGGGGAAUUGUCUUUCUUGCGUGCAGUCCUGGCUAUGAAAAAAUACAAGAAACAAGAAGAAGUCAUUGCCUUAUUGAAUGAUGUUCUGGAUACUCAUUUAUCAUCUUUGAGAGGUUUUCCUCUUGGUGUGGAAUAUUUUGAAAAAUUAAACCCUGAUUUCUUGCUAGAAAUCAUUAGGGAAUACCUUAAUUUUUGCCCAGCACAGCCUGCAAGUCCUGGGCAGUCUUCUUCACCUCUUCUUAACCACUGCGCUUCUGUUCUUGAAACUGUGGUUAAAACUGUGCCUGGUCUUCAACAAGCUGUCUUUUUAAUUGCAAAAGUGAAGUACUUGUCAGGGGAUGUUGAAGCAGCCCAUAAUCAUCUACAUUACUGUCUUGAAAGGAAUCCAUCUUAUGCCGAUGCACACUUACUGAUGGCCCAGGUCUAUUUGGCUCAGAACAAUACUAAACUAUGUUCUCAAUCCUUGGAACUGUGUCUAAGCUACAAUUUUGAGGUGAGAGAGCAUCCUGUUUAUCAUUUAAUUAAGGCCCAAACCCAGAAGAAGAUGGGAGAAUUAUCAGAAGCUAUUAAGACCUUGCAGAUGGCAAAGAAUUUGCCUGGAAUGAGAAAAAGUACAGCUUCUUCCAAAACUAAAGGAAAAGUACUUGAGAUCGAUGCAAGUGAUCGUGUGUCUAUCUUCCUGGAGUUAGUGGAAGCUCAUCGUUUGAAUGGUGAACAGCAUGAAGCUGCUAUAACACUGCAAGAUGCCAUUAACGAAUUUUCUGGAACUCCUGAGGAACUGAGAGUUACAAUUGCAAAUGCAGAUCUGGCAAUUGCUCAAGGAGAUGUUGAACAAGCCUUGACUAUGCUCAGAAAUACUACACCUGAACAGCCAUAUUUUGUGCCAGCUAAACAAAAAAUGGCAGAUAUUUAUCUUCAGUACAGGAAAGAUAAGAAGUUAUACGCUGGCUGCUAUAGAGACCUGACAGAAAAACUUCCCAGUGCUCAUACUUAUCUUCUUCUUGGUGAUGCAUACAUGAAUAUUCAAGAGCCUGAUGAAGCUAUAGAAGCCUAUGAGCAGGCCUUGAAGAAAAAUCCAAAAGAUCCAGCUAUAGCAAGUAAAAUUGGAAAAGCCCUAAUCAAAACACAUAAUUACUCAAAGGCAAUCAGUUACUAUGAAGCUGCAUUGAAAAGUGGUCAACAGAAUUUCCUUUGCUAUGAUUUAGCUGAGCUUUUAAUGAAACUGAAGCAGUAUGAAAAGGCAGGAAAAGUACUCCAGCAAGCUUUGGAUCAUGAACCUGUGAAUGAAUUAUCUUCUCUCAUGGAAGAUGGACGUUACCGAGUGCUUCUGGCAAAAAUCUACAGCAAAAUGGAGAAGAUUGAUGAAGCUAUUGUUUCCUUACAGCAGGCUCGGGAAUUACAAGCCAGAGUGCUUAAGCGUGUUCAGAUAGAACAGCUGGAUGCAGUUCCUGCACAGAAACAGUUAGCAGCUGAAAUUUGUGCUGAGAUUGCAAAACAUUCAACAGCCCAGAGAAACUAUGAAAAAGCAAUUAAAUUUUACAAAGAAGCUCUUGUGCACUGUGAAACAAAUAACAAGGCAAUGCUGGAACUUGCACGUUUAUAUCUUGCACAAGAUGAUAUCGACGCCUGUCAACAUCAGUGUGCCUUACUGCUAAAGAAUGACCAAGAUAAUGAAGCAGCAACUAUGAUGAUGGCUGAUCUUAUGUUCAGGAAACAAGAUUAUGAACAAGCUGUCUUUCAUUUCCAGCAGCUUCUAGAACGCAAACCAGAUAACUAUGCAACCCUCUCGCGAUUAAUUGACCUGUUAAGAAGAGCUGGGAAACUUGAAGAAGUCCCAAGAUUUCUUUUAAUGGCUGAAAAACAUUCUCCCAGAACAAAGCUUGAACCAGGAUUUCACUACUGCAAAGGACUGUAUCUUUGGUAUACAGGUGAACCAAACGAUGCGCUGCGGCAUUUUAAUAAAGCUCGAAAGGACAAUGACUGGGGACAGAAUGCAGUCUACAACAUGAUUGAAAUUUGUCUGAACCCAGAUAAUGAAACCAUGGGUGGGGAAGUCUUUGAAAAUCUGGAUGCUGACACAGGUAAUUCAACAGAGAAGCAGGAGUCUGUGCAACUGGCUGUAAGAACAGCAGAGAAUCUUCUGAAGGAGCUCAAGCCUCAGACCAUUCAGGGUCACGUUCAGCUGCGAAUCAUGGAAAAUUACUGUCUCAUGGCAACCAAGCAGAAAUCGAGUGUUGAACGAGCACUGAACACGUUCACGGAAAUCGUAGUGGCUGAGAAGGACCACAUACCGGCGCUUUUGGGAAUGGCCACAGCCUACAUGAUCUUGAAACAGACUCCACGAGCCAGGAACCAGUUAAAACGGAUUUCAAAGAUGAGCUGGAAUCCAAUUGAUGCAGAGGAGUUUGAAAAGAGCUGGCUUCUGCUUGCAGAUAUCUAUAUUCAGUCUGCCAAAUACGAUAUGGCUGGUGACUUACUGAAACGCUGCCUUCGGCAUAACAGGUCAUGCUGCAAGGCUUACGAAUACAUGGGGUACAUAAUGGAAAAGGAACAAGCAUAUAAGGAUGCAGCAAUAAAUUAUGAGAUGGCCUGGAAAUAUGGAAACCAAACCAAUCCAACAAUAGGAUACAAGCUGGCUUUCAAUUACCUGAAAGGAAAGAGAUACGUUGAUGCAAUCGAUGUUUGCCAUAAGGUCCUUGAAGCACAUCCAAAUUAUCCAAAGAUCAGAAAGGAAAUACUUGACAAGGCCCGUGCAUCACUAAGAACAUGAUACCUGAAAAUUUUGGGUGGGGGAAGCUUGGGGCAUUUUUUUGUUCAUUUUGUAUGGCUCAUCAACUUGUUUGAUUAAUUUUACUUUGGAAGCUAUGGAUGAAAUGCUUCAGUGACAAAGACUUUAUCAGCACAAGUGUAUUGUGAAUACGAUUAUCUUAGUUAUACUGGAGAUCUGUAUUAUAUUUAACAGAAAUCUGCAGCCCUGCAAGAAAUCAUCUUUAUUCUCAUUCUUUGUGAUAGACAAGGUGUCAUCCAAUGUCACAGAUGGAUUUUACCAGCAUUAUAUAAAUGUUUCAAAGCAUAGAGCUCAGUGUUUUGUGUUGUCCAUUUGAAACAGCACUCAGAACAACAUCCUGUAUUGCCUAGUGCAGGUGCACUGCUAAGCUUCCAUGUUUCAGUUUGGGCAUUGCCCAGUGCAGGUGCACUGCUAAGCUUCCGUGUUUCAGUUUGUGCAUUUCCCAGUGCAGGUGCACUGCUAAGCUUCCAUGUUUCAGUUUGUGCAUUUCCCAGUGCAGGUGCACUGCUAAGCUUCCAUGUUUCAGUUUGGGCAUUGCCCAGUGCAGGUGCACUGCUAAGCUUCCAUGUUUCAGUUUGUGCAUUUCCCAGUGCAGGUGCACUGCUAAGCUUCCAUGUUUCAGUUUGUGCAUUGCCCAGUGCAGGUGCACUGCUAAGCUUCCAUGUUUCAGUUUGUGUGUUGCCCAGUGCAGGUGCACUGCUAAGCUUCCAUGUUUCAGUUUGUGUAUUGCCCAGUGCAGGUGCACUGCUGAGCUUCCAUGUUUCAGUUUGUGUAUUGCCCAGUGCAGGUGCACUGCUAAGCUUCCAUGUUUCAGUUUGUGCGUUGCCCAGUGCAGGAGCACUGUUAAGCUUCCAUGUUUCAGUUUGUGCAUUGCCCAGUGCAGGUGCACUGCUAAGCUUCCAUGUUUCAGUUUGUGCAUUUCCCAGUGCAGGUGCACUGCUAAGCUUCCAUGUUUCAGUUUGUGCAUUGCCCAGUGCAGGUGCACUGUUAAGCUUCCAUUAGAUUUGAGAAAAGACCCAAAUAAGCAGCCUGUCCUUCCCUAAGGAACCUUGAAUCUUCUGCUGUAGGUUUCUCCUGUCUGCUUGAGCACUGGCAAUCACUGUAUACAUAACUGUCCCAGGGAUGAUACAGGCUCCUUGUUUUUUUACCUCUAGGACAAUCAGUGUGGUAGAGCUUUGAGAAAGAUUUAGGAGACUGAAUUAAACUUAAUGAUACAGGAGUGAAAUGAGGAACAUGCAAGGAUCUGGAAUUGCUGAGGCUAGGGUGAAUUGUAAGGUAGGUGGACUUUGGGGGUCAGCACACAAUGGAUUUUUAAACUGCUGUUCUGUUUGGGGGUUUUUCCCACCGUGAAAAGAACAAGUACUUACACCUUAGCAAGGCAAUUGCUAGAAGAGCAGCAUCUCUUUAUAGACUGCCUUAUUCAUACAAGAUCAGUGUAGUUUUGCUUCCUCAAUAACAAGCUUAGAAUAAAAAUAGGUGAGUUUAUAUCAAUCCAUGCAAUAUUUUUUUGUCAAAAAAGACAAGACUAAUCUGGUGUUAUCAUGAGUAGAAUAUGGACAUUACCUUCUCAUGAGAUGGUUGGAUAAAAGAUAAGGUCAUGAAAGUGAGAUAAAAAAAUUAGUUGAUAGAGAUUGAACUGAGAUUUUGAGCUUUUAGUGGCUAAGUUUUGGUGAAGAGGUUUAUUCCUAAAUGAUGCAGGGAAAAGGUUUCUGAAUUCCUGUUAGUCACUUUGAGCAUAUGUAGUCCCUAGUGUCUUGUUGUAGAUGAAGUCUUUGAAAGAAGAGUGCAGAUGAGACUCAUCUUUGGAUUUUGUUUUUCUCCUGACAAGGUGGCUUUAGAUCUUUAGAGGAAAGCCUUGAGCUAAUACAGUGUCCCCAAAAGACAAAAAUGCCAUUUCUUAUUUCCAUUGUAGCUCAUAUAUGCAAUUUCUAUUUAUUUAUUUACAUUUCUUUUCUCUGCAGAAGGAAUGGCUUCUUUCAUUUCUCUUUACUGCAGCUAAUUGAAAGUGUUAAUCUCAGUGCUUUCCUUCUGCUUUUACAGUGCACGUAGCAUGCUUUUUUUUCCUUCUUCUUUUUUUUUUUUUGCCUUUCUUAAUAGAUGGUUUUGAAUGGAAGAGACUCCUGGGAUGGAGGGGAGUCAGUAAUGCUCAUUUCAAAGAGCUGAAGUCUUUAGUGUGGUGUUGCUUAGCAACCCAUCUUCCAGUUUUGCCUUUGAAUAAAAGAGGAGAGUGAA